CUACGAGGAUGGGCCAUCUAUGCGAGAGGUAUAAAGUAGAAGCGGGAGCCAUGUCUUCUCUCUCAGUCUGUUCCCCCUCACAUCAUGGCGCCUUCAUACGUGGAAGGCAUCGUCAAUCUGAGCAAACGACAGUCUGCCAUCCCGGCCUGCGUGACGACAUGUAUGGGCGCUGGCAACAUUACAGGAUGUGCUUCAUCCAUUGAUUACACUUGUCUCUGUCAGUCUUCUCCUUUCCUCGACUCGGUCACAAGCUGCUGGCAAGCGACUUGUAACGCCACGUCUAUUCAAUACGGUAUUGAAUACGCUACGAAAGCGUGUGCGGCGUUCGGAAUCAAUCUCAAUGCGACUGUCGGAAAUACGACACCAGCCGUCGAUGUUGAUGGUGAUCCCGUCCUUUUCCAAAAGGCCUUUAUGAACGUUCAAGCGAUCAUGAGUUCCAUCUGUGCGGCUUUGUUCGCAGUGGCUAUUGUACUUGGUAUUUUGGCCUGUCGGAAGCGAGUCAAAAUCGAUCGCGAGACAGCUCAGCGAAGCACUUGGACAGGGGUAGGAGGAACAACUACACUCAAUGGGGCGGAGAGCAAAGGUCCUUCUCGGUUCGGAAUCUCCAGAAACGCAGGUGUCAACUCGCGACAUGAUGGGCUCGACCCAAACUUUGAUAUCACCUCCAUGACGACACUACGAUACGGUCAAUCGUCUUAUGGUGGAAUCAAUCGAGAUCCCAUGGUGCCGAGUCUGAAUCGAACGGGUUUCACGAACCGAUUGACUCUCGGUGAUAUGGGUGAAGAAGAGUGGGAGAUGGACUCGAAACAAUCCGGAAGCGGUACGCCCGUCAAGAUUGCAGACAGCCCUACGAGUACUUCUACGAGGAUGGGAGCCAGUACCGUUGAUCUUGUUCAUGAUGGAAGCACAGUCGAGCUCAACGGGCGAGCUAUGUAGGAUGAUCCAAUUUCUCUCCCUCUCUCGUUCUCUGUCGUUCAGGUCAUUCAUGCACAU